AUGGCUGGUAAGAUUGGAACUCUUGGAGUUGGUUUUCUGGUUUUAUUAGCAUUAUCAUCUGCAGCAGUUUCAGCACAUGAAGAAAUGUUGGGCUCACAACCUUCAAGCCAGAAUAUUACUGGGAAAGAGGUUCAAUCUCACUUGGGUUAUAAGCAUGUGUGGCCUGAUAUCAGAUUUGGUGGGAAAAUCGCGGUGGGUACGAUGAUUGCAUUUGUUGGAGCAGCAUUUGGGAGUGUGGGAGGUGUUGGUGGGGGCACAGCAACAGCAACGGUCAUGUAUAAUUUAAGGCGAAGGCAUCCUACACUUGACCUGCCCAUCAUUGACUAUGAUCUCGCUCUUCUUUUCCAACCUGUGUUGGUUCUUGGGAUCAGCAUUGGAGUUUCUUUGAAUGUGGUUCUUUCUGACUGGAUGAUCACCAUCCUACUAUUUAUUGUGCUCUUAGAUGUUGAAGACAAAUAUAUUCCGGGAGGCCCAAGCAAUGGCACUCUAACAGAAACCAAGGAACCUGAACGAACAGCGAUUCCGGUGGCUGUUGGUGUAACUUCAUAUCAGGCAGUAAACCUGUACAAAGGCCGGAGAGUAAUUGCAUCCAAGGGAGAAGAAACCACAAAGUGGCCAUUGUACAAGCUUGUUUCUUAUUGUGCCUGUGGCACAGCAGCUGGUAUGCUUGGUGGAUUGCUUGGCCUCGGUGGAGCGUUUAUGUUGGGUCCAAUGUUUUUGGAGAUGGGAAUUCCUCCUCAGGUGUCAAGUGCCACGGCCACCUUUGCCAUGACAUUCUCUUCAUCCAUGUCUGUUGUAGAAUACUACCUCCUAAACCGUUUUCCAGUUCCCUAUGCUCUCUACUUUGCUGCUGUGACUACUGUUUCUGCAAUCGCAGGGCAACAUGUGGCAGGAAAGGUGGGAUUGGCGUAA